UGGGAACUUGGACGGGGCAGGCGGAUGCCUCCUCCCGCGGGCGCUUCCACCGAGGAGGACGCGGUCGUGGUCGUGGCGGCCGACGCCAUCGCCACGUCGGCGGCGCCGAACGCCGGAGAUCCGGAGCCGCAGCCGGACAAGGGUAGGAGGAGGAGGAAGAAGAGGAGGAGGCCGAGGGCGCCGACGGAGGAGGAGCUGGCCGCGCGGAGGUCCCUGCUCCGCUGGGCCUGCCCUGGGCGCGAGGUGGCGAGCGACGACGGGCAGGCUGCGGAGGCCGGGAGGGCGCGGUUGCGGCGGCCGCGCGUCGCGGUGGAGCUGCACGCGCACUCGGCGUGCAGCGACGGCACGCUCUCGCCCGCCGAGCUCGUCGAGCGCGCGCACCGCAACGGGGUGAAAGUGUUCGCGCUGACUGAUCAUGACACCAUGGCCGGCGUCCCGGAGGCCGUGGAAGCGGCAAAGCGGCAUCCAGUCAGGAUCAUCCCUGGCGUCGAGAUCAGCGCCGUGCACUCGCCUAGUGACGAAUCAGGGUCAGGGGCUGAGGAACCCGUGCACAUUCUUGCAUACUACGGUAGCCGGGGUCCUGCUAGACCUCAAGAACUAGAGAGGUUUUUAGCCGGUAUCAGGGAGGGCCGAUAUGCGCGCGCAAACAAGAUGUUACUGAAGCUUAGGGGCCUUGGCAUGCCAAUGAAGCUGGAAGAUGUGUGUACGAUAGCUGGGAAUGGAGUGGCUCCCGGCAGAUUGCAUGUGGCCCGUGCCAUGGUUGAUGCUGGAUAUGUGGAGGAUCUCAGGCAGGCUUUUAGCAGGUAUUUGUACGACGGAGGACCUGCUUAUGCCACAGGUAGUGAACCGACUGCGGAAUCUGUGGUGCAGCUAGUUUGUCGAACUGGGGGUGUAGCAGUUUUAGCUCAUCCGUGGGCCCUGAAAAAUCCUGGUGCUGUGAUAAAGAAUUUGAAAGCAGCUGGUUUGCAUGGUAUUGAGGUCUAUCGAAGCGAUGGGAAAGUAUCUGGGUUGAGUGAUCUGGCUGAUACGUAUGAGCUUCUAAAGCUUGGCGGAUCAGAUUUCCAUGGACGGGAUGACAAGGAGGAACCUGACGUGGGAAGUGUUGAUCUUCCAGUCUUGGCUGUUUUUAAAUUUCUUGAGAUAGCUAAGCCAAUCUGGCAUAACGCAAUCAGGGAAAUAUUUGCAAGUAUCUCCGAAAGGACUACUGACUUGAAUGGAUCCAACGGAUUCCAACGGAUAAGUUCAGCUGGAGAUUUCUGCAUUCCGCGCCAUUCUUCUGAGGACCCAGAGCUGACAAGUGUUUCUGAGGUUGAGGUCCUCCGAACAGAAGUUACAGAUAUUGUGCUCACUCAUCAGUAACACUGAAAGCAAACCAGCAAUUUACCAUGAGGCAGAAGUGAUAUGGUAAAUGUACUAGCUUAAAUCACCAUUCCAUUUUGUACUUUGUCGGAGAAAAACUUGUAGUUUAUGUAUGACUUGUGACUUUAUCAUUUGCACAUCAUGAGAACUGCCCCGGCAAUUCUCUUUCUA